AUGGAGUCAAGAAAUAUUGAUUUUUAGGCAGAAUUUAUUACUGCUAAUACUAACACCACUCUAAGAGCACUAGACUUUAACAAAUAUAAUAGAUUAGUUGCCUACUCAGCAUCUAACCUAGUUCUUAUAAUGGAUCCAUAUCAUCAACCAGACACCAAUAAUGAGAAAAGAGUGCCUAAGGUAUUAUUUAGUCUCCGAGGGCAUACAGAUAGAGUUAAUGGAGUCUAAUGGAUUGAUAACAAUUCGAUUGUUUCGAUUUCAGCAGAUAAGUCCUUCAUUAUAUGGGGAAGUGAUUCAGAAGAUCUAAGAGAUCCUUAAAACUGGACAAUAAAGAAGCAAUACUCUGAGGCUCAUAAAGAGGCCAUUAAUUACCUAAGAACUUACAGACAUCCUAAAACUAAUGAAAUCUAUAUUGUGACACUUUGCACUCUAGGAACAUUAAAACUUUGGUAAGGAAAAGAUAGACAUUCUAUUGCAUAUAAGGAUUAAUUGAUUUUUGGUAAUAAUCUUCAGGAGGCAGCUGGCAUUGUAGAAUUCGGAGAGAAGCAUCUGCUAAUAAGUAUUGGAGGCUACGAUUCUAAAAUUCAUAUAUAUCUUGUUCCAACCAUUGAAAACCAGGAUGCUGAGCAAAGGUCAGUCUUUAAAUAUAAAUUAUCUCUUCCUGGCCACUUUAAUGCUAUUAGAGAUUUUGAUUUCACUCCUUAAUAUCUAGGUAAUAAUAUAAGAUACCUAGCAAGUUCAAGCUAAGAUAACAAUAUUAGACUCUGGAAAAUUCAACCACUAGAUAAUAUUUCCAAUGAUCAUGGAGGCCAUUAAGAAGAUGACCUUUAAAAAUACGAGAGCAAAACAAGCUUUGUCUUGUAAGAUUCAAAUGAAGAUGCUGUUUACAAUAUCACUUUAGAGAGUGUUCUAUCUUCUCAUUAGGAUUCUGUUUCAUCAGUAAAGUGGGGAUAAAUCUCAGAAAUAAAUUAAAAUUCAACAUUAUAGUAAUAUUGCCUUCUCUCAAGUGCGUUCGAUUUCACUGUAAGUAUUUGGAAGAAUGACGAGACAGGACUAUGGCAAGUUGAUUCAACUCUAGGUGCAAUGGCUGGGAACAAGCAUGCCUUUUACGGAGCAUUAUUCCUGAAUGACAAUCAAUCAAUUUUAGCCUACACUUAUAAUGGAGCUAUGCAUAGAUGGGAUAAAGAAUAACAAAUGGACUAAGAUUCAUUUAAAUGGUAAGCCUAACUAACAGUUAAGGGUCAUUUCGGAGAAGUCACUGAUCUAGACUGGGAUCAAUAUGAAGCUAAUCUUGUCACUUGUUCCUAAGAUCAAACUACUAGAUUAUUUUCAAGGUAUGGAUAAAACAUAGGCUGGGCUGAGUUCACAAGACCUUAGAUUCAUGGUUAUGACAUGAACACUCUAGCAGUACUCAAAGUAAACAAGCAAUCUGGGUUGAAUUUGCCCUCUAGAAUUCUAUCAGGUGGUGAUGAAAAGGUGCUAAGACUAUUCGAGGCCCCUUAUUCUUUCGUGAAGAUCUUCAAUGAACUAAACCCAGAAUCAAGUGAGAUUUAGCUCAGAUACUCAGAUAUCAAAACCAACUAAGAAGUUGAAGAGUUAAUUGGCGAGGAAGCAGCUAAAAAGUAACCUCUAGGAUUAAUGAACAAGCCCACACUUAUUUUAGCUAAUAAAGGAUAAAGAAUGGAUGAAGAGGAAGGCGGAAUGGGUGGUGAUUUUGACCCUAAUAAGUAUUUGACUAAUACAAAGGAUGCCUAAGAAAACAUCAUUUCUGAUAAAGAUCUUCAUGGUGAACCGCCACUUGAAGAUAUUCUUAUGACGAGAACACUCUGGCCAGAACAGCAAAAACUUUAUGGUCAUGCUUUUGAGAUCUUUGCAGUUGCAACUUCUUACAAAGGGGAUUGUGCUGCCAGUUCAUGCAAAGCAAAGGAAAAGAAAUAUGCUGAUAUUAUCAUUUGGGAUUUAACAAAAAGCCAAACUACAGUUCCAUCAUGUAGACUAGCUGCACAUAAUCUUACAGUAGUUUAAUUGGAAUUCUCUAAGUGCGAUAACUAUCUCUUAUCUUCUUCUAGAGAUAGAUCUUGGGCUUUGUUUUAAAGACAAUCACCAGAUAGCUUAUAAUUCACUCUAUUUAGAAGAAUGAAAGAUGCCCAUACCCGUAUUAUCUGGGGUGUCUCUUGGUCACAUGAUGACGAGUACUUUGCCACAGCCAGUAGAGAGAAGCAAAAGAGCAUCAAAGUAUUCAAGGGAGUCUAAGGCAUUACAGAGGGAUUCAAGGCUGGUGACUUAAUAAGCGAGCUACCAGAAGAUUAAAACUAAAAUGCUACCGCGAUAAGAUUCUUUCCAUCCAGAAUAAAUGGAAGUACUUCUUACGGUCUUAUUGUUGGACUAGAAUCUGGAGAUAUCAUAAUCUGGAAAGAAAAUGAGAAUUUCAAAUCUUGGACAGAGUUAUACAAAGUAAGAGAUUACUUAGCUCAUUCUCUUUCAAUCAAGCGCAUUAAGUUCAAUCUCAAGUAAUCUAACCCAAAAGAAGAUGAAUAUAAAGUAGCUACAGCUGGAACAGACCACACAGUCAGAAUAUUAAAGAUUAAGUUGCAUUGA